AUGCCUAAAAAGGAACCGGUUGGUAAGGCAAUUGCGACUGCAUAUCCGCAAGAUGAAAAAAACAUUCCUGACUACGAGUUCCCGGACAGUGGCCAUGUGAAGGUUAAUUUGACGGAUGCCGAUAUGGCGCUACUCGAAGGGGCACCAUCCGAUCCAAACUUGCGAUCGCAGUCGCCCUCGCUGAUUUCCAGCCCCUCCUUAUUAAAAGUGUUAGUUCAAGAGAAAUUCCACUUUCGUUAG